AUGGCACUUCCCCUGCCUAGACCCGAGAUCCCAAUAGCUUUCGCAUCUCAAUCAGAAGCGAUUCGGGACAUACUUCUCCGACCGUACUGGUACAGAGUAUGGGUGAUCCAAGAAAACGUACUAGCCAGGAAACGCCUCUAUCUGUGCGGAAUCAAUGAGAUCAGCAGCGAUGAUCUAUAUCAGGGCCUAGUUCAAAUAGACCGCUCUCUCCAUCUGAAACCUAAGAGGCUUCGCAUCAAGUCGUUUUUGCAAGCUGCCGACGACCUCCGCAACUUCAAUGGCUACGGGAUGUUAGCCAAUACUUUCAUAGGACCUCGUGAGCUCAUGAGCCAUACGAUAUCAGAUCCUCUUUCCCUGUUAAACGAAGCCAUGAUGGAUGCCGCGCGAUUUAUGGCUACAGAUCCCCGGGACCAUCUCUUUGGCAUCCUUGGUCUGUUUCCCGACCUAGCUCACUUGAUCAAGCCAGAUUACACCAAGAGCCCAACUGCCGUUUUUUUGGAUCUCGCCCUCCUGAAUUUGAAGGAGGAUUCCAGACUCAUCGCGCGGUCAGGGAUUGGACACAAGAAUUGCACCAGGAGGCGCAGAUCUUGCAACCAUCUGCCAUCGUGGGUUCCCAAUCAUAGCGGGCCUUUCGUUGAGAGCCGUACCGGCGUCAGCAUUUUGACGGCGCAUAUAGACAUCAAAUUUGAGGCUGGGACUUUCUGUCCUCAGGAACUGAAAUGGCAUCUUGCACAAGACGCCCUGGUUCACCGUGCGAGUGGUGUACAAGCGGGCAGAAUUACUUCUGUUCUGAGCCCAGAAACAUCCUUCCGCGAGAGAAUGGUCAAGUGGAAUUGCUGCGCAGCAACCAAUACCGCAGAUCAUACGUAUAUCAGUUGGAGGCGGGCAUUUUACCGCACGAUUCUCAUGGAUCGUGACCGCAUGAUAGAUAUCCGGCUGUUGUUCAAGAAUGACAACGGAGCGAUUUAUUUCGUCAAUGAGCGGAUGCCCCUCGACCUCAUCCAUUCCAUCAGCGUGAAGGACGCAUAUAUCCUGAUGAUGCAGUCCGUUUUUGGUUUCUAUUCGAGGAAAGAGUCCCAGGCAGAAAUUGGUCAUCACCCACCCGUUCACCCCACCCCCUUCAUCCAGGCAGAGCGAUCAUACUGGCUUCAGAAGAAUCAAGACUCUCAGCUCAACGACCUCUAUCUUGGCGAAGAAAAACAGCACAGUGUCAAAAUGCUACCAGCUAACGAUAAAAUGAUAGGUGAAAGUAUGCUAGGAGGAUUGAAACUUAGUCUUGCCAACGAGGUCGACAGGAUUACACGGGAUAUGUCCUUCAUUCUUACUGAGUAUGGGCACAUGGGACUGGCCCCAUUAGGAGCGCAGGUUGAAGACCACAUCGUCUUGAUAGGAGGAUGUCCCGUACCUCUUGCUCUUCGAAAGCAGGGCGACGCUUAUCAAGUUAUUGGGGAUACAUAUGUAUGUGGCCUCAUGGAGGGACAAAUGUCCGAGAAUGUGUCUGCUGGAACUGCCCACAUUGAAGAAUUCAGGCUUGUUUAG